CUUUCAUCUUCGUAAACUUUCUGCCGCCCCAAAGCUGCUGGAGCCACUGUUCCUGCUCUGCCAGCCAUCCUUUGGAAGAAGGGACCAAGAUGCUGGGCAGGGGACGGGCCCAGAAUUUUCAGUUCCCAGGCAAAGCCUCCAUUCGGGCAGCAUCGAUGUGCUCGCUCCGAAUGUGGGAGAACACCGAGCAGGCCUCGCACUCUGCUGAGUUUUUAUUGAAAUCCCCCAUCGUAUCGAGUUGUUGAGCCCUACGAAGGAAAAAAAAAAGGGGGCGGGGGGAGUUCUAAGAAUAUGAUCGAAAAUUUGGUUCCCAGACAUAAUGGCUAGAGAAAUAUUUCUUUAAUUGAAAUAUUAAAGAAGUAGACGCCAGAGACUGUGACCCACAGGAGGAGUUACGUAUGCUCUCCAAAUCCUUGGUAAUGGAGUAUUUGGCUCAUCCUGGUGCACUCAGCGUGGCUGCUGGAGUAGCUUGUGGCAUGUGCUUGGGCUGGGGCCUCCGUGUGCGCUUUGGGAUGAUCCCCAAAAGCUCAGUGAACGAGACAAACACAGCAACCAGAACUGAAGCGAGCAUCUUAGGAGAGAGUGGGGAGUACAAAAUGAUUCUUGUGGUUCGAAAUGACUUAAAGAUGGGAAAAGGGAAAGUGGCUGCCCAGUGUUCUCAUGCUGCUGUUUCUGCCUACAAGCAAAUUCAAAGGAAAAAUCCCGAACUGCUCAAACAGUGGGAAUACUGUGGCCAGCCCAAAGUGGUGGUCAAAGCCCCUGAUGAAGAAACUCUGAUUGCAUUACUGACCCACGCAAAGACGCUGGGACUGACUGUAAGUUUAAUCCAAGAUGCUGGACGUACUCAGAUUGCACCAGGUUCUCAAACUGUCCUGGGAAUUGGGCCAGGACCAGCAGACCUAAUUGACAAAGUCACUGGUCACCUAAAACUUUACUAGAUAGAAUUUUGUAUCAUGAUUGUCUCACCACAAAUGUUUGAAACUGUCAAAUUCUAACAAUAAAAGCUGAGUUUCUUCCCCCAA